AUUUAAUAUAGUGAUAUAUCAUGCUAUGAUAAUUUAUGUAUACUAACAAUAGACUAACUUCAAGUCAAGAACUCUCUCUCUCCAUUGUAUACGUAUAGGUUGGCGGCGGUGCUGGUGGUGGUAAGAUGGAUCACGCGAGGGAUGCCCACCGGACGGAUUUGAUGACGAUUACACGAUUUGUAUUGAACGAGCAGUCAAAGCACCCGGCUUCCCGCGGAGACUUCACCAUCUUGCUCAAUCACAUUGUUCUUGGCUGCAAGUUUGUGUGCUCUGCCGUUAACAAGGCAGGUUUGGCCAAACUCAUCGGGCUUGCAGGAGACACCAAUGUGCAGGGUGAAGAGCAGAAGAAACUGGAUGUGCUAUCGAAUGAAGUUUUCAUCAAGGCAUUGAUCAGCAGUGGCCGAACUUGUGUCCUUGUUUCGGAAGAGGAUGAAGAGGCAACGUUUGUCGAGCCUUCUAGGCGUGGAAAGUACUGUGUUAUGUUUGACCCAUUGGAUGGAUCGUCUAACAUCGAUUGUGGUGUUUCCAUUGGAACUAUAUUUGGCAUUUACAUGGUCAAAGAUGAAGGGAAACCAAAGAUAGAUGAUGUGCUGCAGCCUGGUAAGAAUAUGGUAGCUGCAGGCUACUGCAUGUAUGGAAGCUCUUGCAUGUUUGUGUUGAGCACUGGAACUGGAGUCAAUGGAUUCACUCUCGACCCGUCCCUUGGAGAGUUCAUAUUGACUCAUCCAAAUAUUAAGAUACCGAAGAAAGGUAAAAUUUAUUCGGUUAACGAAGGAAACGCCAAGAACUGGGAUAGCCCGACAACAAAGUAUGUAGAAAAAUGCAAGUUCCCCACAGACGGGGCACCAGCAAAAUCUUUGAGAUAUGUUGGAAGCAUGGUUGCUGAUGUCCAUCGUACAUUACUUUAUGGAGGCAUCUUUCUGUACCCUGCUGAUAAGAAAAGCCCAAAUGGAAAACUGCGAGUCCUGUAUGAAGUUUUCCCUAUGUCGUUCUUGAUGGAGCAAGCAGGAGGACAAGCGUUUACAGGGAAGCAACGGGCGCUUGAUUUGGUUCCCAAGAAGAUACACGAGCGUUCACCGAUAUUCCUUGGUAGCUAUGACGACAUUGAGGAGAUUAAAGCAUUGUAUGCUGCUGAAGAGCAGAAAUAAUCAACUAGUGGAUUUACUUUUCCACUUGAUGCUGCUGCUAUUCAUAUGCUGAUGACUGAAAUCUGUAGUAGAACAUUUUGUUCUUUGGAAUGCAGCUGAAAGAAAGUCGCUUUUUUAUUUCAAGUACUGUUAAAUCAGUGCAUUUGAGAACAAUACUAACCCUUAAAUGCAAAUAUCAUAAGAGGUAAAUUCAAAAUGGUAA